AUGGUUAUGACUAGCCUCGCCAGCCAGGCACGGCUCCGGGCCAGGAACGCGAACUGUGCCUUGCAUCACGCUGGUAUCCAUCCAAUCCAGGGCAUCCCUCGAUUGAGAAAAAGACGCCUCUGUACGCCAUCACCAACUCACCAGAUAACUCAUCACAGUUCGUAUGCCCUUGUCAAUGUAAGUGUAUACACAGGGUUCCAGCAGAGUCCCGCCCAUUCUUCGAGUCUGGGCUUCCUCCAUCCGUAUCGUAUCAGGCUCUCCAGGACAACUGAAUCACUCGCGCCGCGGAGAGCCUCUGUGGGCUUAACCAACAAUCGUAUCCAGAAAAAGAUUUGGUACCUGUUUGGUGCAGGGGUUAAAUUGAGAUCGCCAGUGUAG